UUGAAGUUUCAUCUCUUACUUGUUUAUAAAAAUAUCAAAUUUUUUACUAUAGAUGCUCAGAAAAAAUUGCCAUUAGAUGAAUCAGUAACUGUUAUUGAAACGGGGCGUGAAACUGUUAUCGAAAUUGAUAAAGAUGGAAAGGGUUUGGGAUUAAGUAUAGUUGGAGGUUCAGACACAGUAUUGGGUACAGUAGUAAUUCAUGAAGUAUAUCCAGAUGGUGCUGCAGCAGUUGAUGGUCGGUUAAAACCUGGUGAUCAGGUACUUGAGGUAAACGGGAUAUCACUACGUGGUGUAAGUCAUGAACAGGCCAUACUACUCCUUAGAAGGACACCAGCUAAGGUUCGUUUACUCAUUUACCGUGAUGUCAAUCUGCAGCUAUCAUUAUUAGAUCCGACCCAAAUUUACAAUAUUUUUGAGAUGGAACUGACAAAAAAGCCAGGUCGAGGACUUGGGCUAAGCAUAGUAGGACGAAAAAAUGAGCCUGGUGUUUAUGUUUCGGAAGUGGUCAAAGGCGGAGCUGCAGAUACCGAUGGGCGUUUAAUGCAAGGCGAUCAGAUAUUAGCGGUCAAUGGUCAAGAUGUGGCGAGUUCAAUGCAAGAAGAUGUGGCUACAAAGCUGAAGGCUUGUACUGGUCGUGUAACGUUGAAAGUAGGGAGAUGGAAACUUACAGAAGCAGCAAAUAAAGUGCACGCGGCUACGGAAGCAGCCUUAUCCAGUAAUAAUCGUCAUAUUGGUAGGCCUGUUCAACCAUCGAAAUUACACACUACACCUGAGAUUAACUUGUUUGAACCAUGUAACGUAGUGACAGCAAUUGAUUGCCGAAGAUCUGUACCACUACCUGCUCCUUUAUCCACUUCAAAAUCCCAAAUAUCAACAUGUGAGCAAAUUGUUCAUGCUGACUUAUCACCAGUAAUUGAAGAAACAAGUAGUGGAACAGACCAGAGAUCACUACUUGAUGAACAAGAGCAUUGCUCAAUGAUCAAUCCAAGUCAGAAUAAAGAAGUUGAACUCAUCAAAGACCUGAACGAAGAAAAUAGUGAUUCACUGUUAGUAAUGCUGAAGAAAAUCCCAGAUCAGCAGUUGGGUAUGGGAAUUGGAAAGCGCGCUAGGGGAAUUUUAAUCACAUCUUUGCAACCUGGCAGUGUUGCAGCUGAGAAAUUGAAAAUUGGUGAUCGCUUAAUGGCGGUCAAUGGUGUGACAAUAACAGAUCAGGUUCACUGCACACUUUUUCUACAAUUCUUUUCUAGUUUUUUGAAUUUUCAUUUUUUCUCUUUGGAAAGUAAAAUAAUAAACGAUGAAAUCAGUUGA